AUUAACUUCCCUGGUGUCAAUCAUGUGGACGGUCACGCUUAUAGCUUUCCUUUUAGUUUUGUUUUAUUUAUAUCGAAAGAAAAAUUUUACCGUGCUGAAAGAUCUAGGCAUUCCUGGACCAGAACCAAACAUUUUGUUCGGAAACUACUUGGAAUUAACGAGAAAGGGUGCUAUACAGUGUCACAAGGAAUGGAUGGAGAAGUACGGUAAAGUAGUGGGGUACUAUUUUGGCUCAAAGCCAAUUAUAGUUGUUGCCGAUGUGGAACUGCUUAAAAAAAUUCAAGUUUCCGACUUCCAUAAAUUUAUGAACAGACCAAGCAUAUUCGGAGGACGUGAGAAAAAGCCCGGUAAGGAGCACAGGGUUGAAGGUUUCAGUCAGCAGUUGAUUUCACUCCGAGACAAACGAUGGAAAGACAUUCGAUCCAUCAUCACUCCAUCCUUCACAACAGCCAAAAUGAAACUAAUGGCUCCAAUCAUGAAUGAUUCCAUAGACUCUCUGUUGACCAAUGUAGAAAAGAAGAGCAAAGCUGGAGAAUCUUUUGAUAUCUAUCCAAUGUAUCAAGGACUCACUAUGGAUGUGAUUGGAAGGACUGCUUUCGGCAUCCAAACGGAUGUGCAAAAUAACCCUAAUGAUCCAUUUCUUCGAUCCGUGCGUGUGCUUUUAUCCGGGGAUAGCAGCAGCAUAUUAUCAAUAAUUUCAGUUAGUUUUCGUGGUUUGGAAAAGCUCUGGAGCAUAAUAAACAGAAUGAGGCUCAUGUCUAGGAACAAAGGAACCAAUCCUGUUCGUGAAUUGAUUGAAUCAACAAAAAAUGUAAUAGCUCUACGGAGAGAAGGCAAAAAGACCAAUCGACCAGAUUUACUGCAACUCAUGAUUGACGCAAAGAUAGACGACUCGGCAGCAAUAACUACAGAUGACCUUACUGCAAAAAGUGAUAACGAAAGUACGGAAAGUCAAAACAAAGGUAUAUCAUCUGGCAAAUUGGUUCGACGCAUGACUGACGAUGAUAUUUUAGAUAAUUCGCUACUCUUUUUCUUAGCAGGGUAUGAAACAACGAGCACUGCCUUGGCAUUUACGACUCAUCUUCUACUUCAUCAUCCUGAAGUUCAGGAAAGAGCUAGAGAAGAAGUUCUUGAACUUCUGAAGAAUGAGGGUCAGCUUGAUUAUUAUUCAGUAAGUAAACUGGAAUAUUUGGAUCAAGUACUACAUGAAGGGUUGCGAAUGUAUCCUCCAGUACAUUUAUUCGUAAAUCGAGAAUGCAGUGAAGACAUGCAACUGGGAAACUUCCGUUUAAAGAAAGGAUCCAAUAUCCAAGUUCCUGUCUUCAAUUUGCAUAGAGAUCCUGAUCUCUGGGAAGAUCCGGAUGAAUUUAAACCAGAAAGAUUUGCUCCAGAGAACAAAAGUAAAAUUCAUCCCAUGGCAUUUCAGUCAUUUGGAGCUGGUCCCCGAAAUUGUGUUGGAAUGCGAUUUGCUUUAAUGGAAGCGAAAUUGGCACUUGCUAAGUUACUUGCCAAGUACAAACUCAAAGCUUGCGCAGAGACAGAUACAGAGCCUGUGACUUUAAAGCUUGCUUUUGCAUCAAUGAAACCGAAGCAUGGAGUAUUUCUGAAGGCAAUACCACUUUAAAAAGGAUUGCAUAAAAGACAUUAACGCAUGUUGGAACUUAAUGUUGACUCGCAAAAGUGUGUGUCUAAUUUAUUCGUCAUAACUCACCUCAGCUGAAUUAUUAUAAUGAACUUUAUUCUAAUUCUACAUUAAGCAGAAAAGAAUCACAGAAAAACUUCACAACAUUUAGUUUCUAAGCAACUUUUGAGUUACAUAAGUUUUCUAGUUAAAAAUAUUGCUUUUAAGUAAAAUGAAAUGUAAACGUUUGUAAAAAGUUAAAUCAAUGUAAAAACACAUUUCUUUAAAAUAACUAUUUUUCACGUUAGUUUUUAAAAUUACGUUACAUUCUGGUGUAUUUUUCCAAUUGCAAAAAUAUCAUAUUCGUUAGUAUUUUACCAAGUCUUGAAGUGUUUGCAAUAAUAUACUAAAAUGAAAUAGUUUAAUGUAUUUAAAUAUUUUGCUUGCUUUCAAAUGUUGAUGGAAGAAAUUUAUUUAUUAAAGCAAAACAUAUUUUAAAAGCAUUACUGAUUACAUUAAAAAUGAAUUAAUUUAGUAUAACUGCGAAUCGUAAACUAAUGCAUAUUUAAAAAAAUAUUUUACGUAUUUCCAGGUGAAAUAAUGUAAUAAAAUAUAUUUUUCACUAAAAUGUCUUUUUACUUUAACGAAAAGAAUCUUGUAGUUCAAAAUGUUGAAACUUGUAAUUAUCCCCUGUGUACAAUAAUUGUAUGAAACCUGAGAAUGAGCAUAAGGGUUUUAGAAAAACAAACAAUAAUGCAAAUAGCAAAAAAUAUUUAUUUAGUUUUCUUCACUACAAAUCGCAAUUGCUAUUUAGCAGUUAGCGUAAAAAUAUCACUUACAUUUUCUUAAAUAUCUUGCUAAAAUACAAAACGAAUAAGACAAACUUUCACCUUAUUUGAUAAA